UAGCAGUUGUGGUCGGACAGAUGGGACCUCAAGAUUGACUGUGACUCACCACAGAAAAACACAAAGCGACGGGAAGGGAAAAUGUAGCGGGAAUAGACAAGUGUCAUAUCGGACCUUCGGGAGAAAGGCUAUGCCCGUUUUCGACCCGCAAUUAAGACCUGAGGGAUGGAACAAAAGAACUUUAAGAACUCCAAGGACAAUACAUGCAUUGAUUGGUGAAGAUCAUAAUCCAGUGUUGCCCAACGGCUUGACGGCUCUGCUAUGGAAUAUUUUGAACCUCCUUUAUUUCUGUUUUGCCUCUUCAGUUUUGUCUUUCUCUAAACUAACCAGGAGAGACCCAAGUACGUCCACGAGUUUGAAUGGAGAUGCAAAUUUAGCAUGCAUUAAAUUUCUCUAUUUCUUCAGCCUGUCAUAAAUAGAUUUUAUGGAUAUAAAUACUAUGUUAAGCAUUCUGUUAGGACAUGCUUGUGUGAAAUACAUACAUGCUAUAUUUGUAUAAAGAAAGACACACCUAUUUCUUGGACCUCUAGUCUGAUCAGCGCUAUAUGUUGCAAGCUUUUGGAAAAAAAAUUUUAAGCAAGUCCUUUUGGUGAAAAAGUAUAAAACAAGGGCCAGCAAGGACAGUGCUCAUGUGCAGCUCCUGAAGCAUACUUAAAUUUGCCUGAUUUGAAUAUUUGCACCUGCUCUCAGGCUCUUCCAAUCCUUCCUCACUGUCAAUGCCCACAAAUCUCUCAGGAUGAGCCAGAAGUCUGACUCGGAGACUGAGGGCUCCCAGGCACCGGUAAUUUACACAGCUGAAGAACUGGAAUGUAAGAUAUGCUACAACCGCUUUGACACGCAUGUCCGUAAACCCAAGGUGCUUAGCUGCCUGCACCGUGUCUGUGCCAAAUGUCUGAAGAAGAUGGUCGAGCUGGACUCUUCUCCCAGCAUCAUCAGCUGCCCAUUCUGUCGCCAUGAGACACACGUCCCUGAUGAGGAGAUCUGGCUGCUUCAAGAUGACAGCAACAUCUUGGCCAUUCUCACGUACCAGGACCGAGCGCGUAAAGGUGGAACCGUGCCGAGUGGUGAGGUCCUUUUGACACCCAACAGCCUAAGUGGAGGCAGUGGAGGGGAGCAGACUCAUAGCUCCUCCGAUUGCCUCGUCAUCACCAUCAUGGAAGUCCCUGGGGAGUCGCAAUCCUCGGAUUCAAUGAGCAUGCUGAACAUGGUGCGCUUGUAUCGGCCGGCUAGCCUGGACUCUUUACCUUGCCACCUGCCUGUGCAGAAGUGCCGGGCGUGGACGUCCCGCUCGGUCCCUCGAUUUCUGAUAGGUGUACUCUGCUUGGUCUACUUCAGCUCAUUGCCACUUGGGAUCUACUUGCUGAUGAUCCAGCAGCUCACGAUGGGAGUGAUCCUGGUCAGCCUGGUGCCCUCCACGCUGGUCCUUUGUGUAUUUUACGGCUUCUGCCAGUGUCUGUGCCAUGAGAUUAUGGAGGCUAUCGCCACAUAGUACCCCGUGGUCUUUCAAGUUGAUCUCUGGACAAUGUGGACUAACCAGACCUGUGAAGAAUGAAGACCAAAUGUCAAAUCAGCAAGCAGAUACCCCAUCUUCUGCUGCACCAGAUUAUACCAGCAUUUACUAGUGAACUCCUUGUAAAUCACCUCACAUCAUAUGCAGCGAACACUAUCCUUGACUUGAUUAUCAGUGCAAGCUGGAGGUAUUGAUUUUGGACUGCAUCAGAUUGCUGUGGUUUUUAUUGUAUCCAGCUCACCCAAUGGGUCUUCAAAAACUGUGAUAUAAAUAACACAUAACAUGGAAUAAAUUCCCACUACCCAUUAUCGUGGAAACCACAAGAUGUGUUCAGUAAUACUAGAUAAAAUUGUUCAGUAUUUUUAGUUACCUUAUGAAUAUCUGUGGAAUAAUUUCAACCAUUGUCUCAAUGUUUUCAUUGACGUUUCUACUUGUAGUUGCCUUUGUAAGGCAUGCCAAUGACCAAGCUCUAAUGUCUAUGUAAAAAAAAAAAAAAAAGCGAAUUUGUGUUUGUCAUUGCUAUGAGAAUGGACAAAUACUGUAAAACCACCUGUUAGAUAUUCAAUAAAGA